AUGAGCGAUGAUGGAGAGCAGCUGUUCAGUGCGUGUGAUUCAUCAGAUCCACAAGAGGCGCUGCAGCUGGUGACCAGUUGGGACCAACAACGUGUACGAGAUGCUGCCCAAUACAAAGGUGGUUGGUUUGGCAAUACACCACUGCACGAGGCCUGCUUCAUGGGUCAUGUCAAGGUGGUGGAGAUGCUGUUAAAGCACGGUGCUGAUGCUGAAGCCAAGACCAGCGUCCACCUGUACCACAUGAUGAUGAUGAUGAUGCUGAUGCUGAUGAUGCUGUACCUACCUGAUGGCGAUACAUCACUGCACAGGGCCUGCUAUAAGGGUCAUGUCAAGGUGGCGGAGAUGCUGUUGAAGCACGGUGCUGAUACUGCAGCCAAGAAUAACGGUGGCCAUACACCACUGCACUAUUGCGUUUACGGUCAUGACAAGGUGGCGGAGAUGCUGUUGAAACACGGUGCUGAUACUGAAGCCAAGAACAACGACGGUCAAACGCCGCUCCAACUAGCCUGCGCUGCAAUACAUCCCAGCCGAAAGGUUGUCCAGCAACUCUUGCGUCACGGUGCCAACCCAGAUGCGAGAGAUCUUAGGGGUGCACGACCCUUGGAUCUGCUUCUAGGCAGGGGUCGCAUCAAACUGGAGGUGAUCACAGAGCUACUGGGCGCAACCCAAACGCUUUGCUCCUACCAAACUUCAAAUUCCGAUGAUUUACAAAUCCUUGUUGACUGCGUGGCCGCUCUAACGUCCGCCGCUCAAGCUGCACCUACAAAUUGA